UUGAAAUUUAAAAGAUAAGAUUCCCAUCAGCGAUAAAGAAAAUGCUGGUUCACUUCACAGCUUUUCUACACACUGCAACACAUAACACUUUCAUCUUCUUCAUCGGAGCCUUCUUCCACCACCAUGUCUCAUCAACAGCAGCAAUCCAUUGAUCCCUAUCGCCACCUCGAUGUCGUUCUAAACCCUAACGGCACCCUCACUCGUUCACGUCACCUUCCAAUCACACCACCAAAUUCCGACCCCACUCUCCCACUUCUCACCAAAGACAUAACCAUCAACCCACAAAACAACACCUGGCUACGUUUAUUCUUGCCCCAAACGGCACUAUCCUCAAACGCAGAACACCAGAAGCUGCCUCUCAUUAUUUUCUUCCACGGAAGCGGUUUCGUCGUGGCCAGCGCCGCCAACACCAUGUUCCACCACUUCUGCUCCGCCAUGUCCGCAGCCGUCCCCGCCGUCGUCGCCUCCGUGGAGUAUCGCCUCGCCCCGGAGCACCGUCUCCCGGCGGCUUACGACGACGCAGUGGAAGCCUUGGAGUUUGUCAGAAACAGCCAGGAAGAGUGGCUGACGAAACACGCCGACUUAGGUAACUGUUAUAUCAUGGGGAACAGUGCGGGAGCAACAAUCGCCUACUUCGCGGGCCUACGUGUGGCCGACACGUUGCGUGAUCUUGAGCCGUUGAAGAUCCAAGGGCUCAUAUUGCGGCAGGUGUUUUUUGGUGGGGUUCAGAGGUGUGGGUCCGAGGUGAGGUUAGAGAACGACGGGGUUUUGCCGUUGAGCGUAGCAGAUUUGCUUUGGGAGUUGGCGCUGCCCGUUGGCGUUGACCGUGAUCACGAGUAUGCGAAUCCGAGGGCUGAGAAGUGGGUUGGAAAAUUGGGGAGAGUGAGGGAUCUAGGGUGGAGGGUGUUGGUGAGUGGGAACGGUGGGGAUCCGUUGAUUGAUCGUGAAAAAGAGUUGGUGGAGAUGUUGAAAGAGAAGGGUGUGGAAGUAGAUAGUGAUUUUGAGGAAGAAGGGUGUCAUGGGGUUGAAUAUGGUGAUGAAUCAAAGGCUACAAAAUUCAUUCAAGUAGUGAAACAUUUCGUUUCCUCGAGUGAUGUUUAGUGUUUAAGAAUGUGAUUUAAGGAUUUCUAGACAUACAUACAAGGAUGUUUGUUAUAUUGUCAUAUAUUGUGUUUACAUUUUGGUGUGAUCAUUUGAUUCGAUCGGCUUAGGGAAAGCUAUGUGCUUA